UGUUGUUGGGUUUUUUUUCUUCUCCUUGUUCCGUCUCUCUCUCGAAUUUUCACGAUCCUUCUGUCCAAAAUUCUGGUAUUGGAGUUUUGAUUGAUCGUCUGCUCCAGUUUUGUGCUUUGGAAUCGUGUCGAUAAUGGAUGCGGAAGGGCAAGGGCAAGCAGAGGUUCGUAAUCCAACGGCGGAAGAUGAACAACCGACGGAGGCGGCGUCCGGAGGAGCUUCCGGGGAAGAAGUAAGAGGAGAGCAGGACCGAGAAAUGAGGAGCGCGGGUGACGAGCUUAUUGAGAAAGCACAGAAGCUUAUAGAGAAGAUCACUUCCACUGCCAAUAACCCUAGCCCUGCUAUUCUCCAUUCUCUCAGCAAUCUCCUCGAAUCGCAAGAAUCUCUCUACAUAGCGGAAAAUGGGCAUUCCUCUUCCAAUGGUCGUGGUAGUCAUAAGAUUGGCAAGUUGUGUAACCUUAUAAGGGAUAAUGAUGAAUUCUUCGAAUUGAUAUCGUCAGUUUACUUUGAGAAUACUUUCUCAACAGCGGUACAAGCAGCUUCUGCUAGGCUGCUACUGAAUUGUUCGCUCACUUGGAUGUAUCCCCACAUUUUCGAUGAAUCUGUUUCGGAGAGCUUUAAAAGUUGGGUCAUGAAUGAAGCCGUCAAAUUUCCGGGCGAAUACCCGGGCAGGAAAGAAGUGUCGGAUUCUGAAAUGUUAAAGACUUAUUCCACAGGGCUUCUUGCUAUGUCUUUGCAAAGUGGUGGUCAACUAGUUGAAGAUGCCUUGACAUCAGGAUUAUCUGCCAAGCUUAUGCGUUAUCUUCGAGUACGGGUGAUUGGGGAGACAAGCAUGAGCCGGAGAGAGACCCUUCACUCUAAAGAACCCAAGCAUGCAUCACUAAAAGAAAGGGAAGAAGUGGGGAAUCGGGUACGGAAGCUGGUGGAUGACAGAAAUUCAAAUGAUCAUGCUAUGGAGAGGGAUAUGGGCAGAGAGAUGGGACAAUCUGAUGCUAGGCUUGAAGGUGAGGGGGAUAGUGAUGAUGCGGAAAGAUGGGAUGUCUCAGGUGGCAUUGAUGAUAAAGUGAAACCUGUAGAUGAUGAUUUUGGAGGAGAUGACCCUUCAAAACGCAGGCUUUACCGGUCAAAAUCCAAGGGUAGAGGAAGGGUUAGUGAAGGCACGGCUGAUAAUGAAGUGGCAUUGACCUCUCCUGGAUCAGGUUGUCGUCGGGUUGUCAAGGAGAGGGGUCUGCCGAAAAUUUCAGAUCCGAAAAUCACAGAAGAAAAGAGACGAUGUCAGGGAAAUAUGAACUCUGGUGCUAUGGACAUAGAAAGAGAGGAGAAUGACGAGUGUUUUCAAGGCUGCAUUGUCGGAACCAAAGAUAUAACUGAUUUAGUGAAGAAAGCAGUUGGAGCUGCUGAAGCGGAAGCUAGAGCUGCCAAUGCACCUGCUGAUGCUGUCAAAGCUGCUGGCGAUGCUGCUGCCGAGCUCGUUAAAACUGCUUCUUUGGAGGAAUUUAAAGCCUCUGGUAAUGAAGAAGCUGCUGUUUCUGCUGCUUCUCAAGCUGCUUCGACAGUGGUAGAUGCUGCUAUCGCUACUGAAGUUUCGAGGACCUCGAAUUGCGCCCCUUUGGAGGAGACUACAAACCCAAAUCGUGAGGAAACCGAGGCAGCUGAUGAUGUUGAGGAAAUCUCACUUCCGGAUAUCGAAUCCUUGGCCCUGUUACAGGAGAAAUAUUGCAUUCAGUGCCUCGAGAUUUUAGGGGAAUAUGUUGAGGUUCUUGGGCCGGUUCUACAUGAAAAAGGGGUCGAUGUGUGCAUUCUGCUGCUGCAACGCAAUUCCAAACGCGAUAAAUCCUCAAAAGUAUCACCGUUAUUACCUGAUGUUAUGAAGUUAAUUUGUGCUUUGGCUGCACACCGGAAAUUUGCUGCAAUGUUUGUUGACCGGGGUGGAAUACAGAAGCUACUUGCUGUUCCAAGGAUUAAUGAGACAUUUUUCGGUCUUUCAUCGUGCUUGUAUACCAUAGGCUCUCUUCAGGGGAUCAUGGAACGGGUCUGUGCACUUCCCUCAGAUGUUAUUCAUCAGGUGGUCGCCUUAGCUAUUCAGCUUUUAGAAUGUUCCCAGGAUCAAGCCAGAAAAAACGCAGCCUUGUUCUUCGCUGCUGCUUUCGUCUUCAGAGCCAUUCUAGACGGGUUUGAUACUCAGGAUGGUUUGCAGAAGUUUCUCGGGAUUCUUAGAGAUGCUGCCUCAGUUAGGACUGGCACAAAUUCUGAUCGGUCAGCUCCCGAAGUCUUGACGUCUUCAGAGAAACAGAUGGCUUUUCACACCUGUUUCGCCUUGCGUCAAUACUUUAGAGCUCAUCUACUUUUACUCGUGGAUUCCGUCCGGCCUAAUAAAGGUAGUCGAGGUGGUGUACGGACUGUUCCCAGUAUACGGGCUGCGUAUAAACCGCUAGACGUCAGCAAUGAAGCUGUAGAUGCUGUCUUUCUUCAAUUACAAAAGGACAGGAAGUUGGGUCCUGCCUUCGCGAGAAUUCACUGGCCAGAAGUUAAUAGUUUUCUACUGUAUUCUGGACAUGUUACCUUGUUGGAGUUGUGUCAGACACCGCCAGUUGAUCGUUAUCUGCACGAUCUGCUCCAGUAUGCCUUUGGUGUACUUCACAUUGUUACAUCCGUACCUGCCGGCCGCAAAGCAAUUGUUAAUGCCAAUCUGAGCAAUAAUCGUGUUGGCAUUGCUGUCAUCCUCGAUGCAGCAAAUAUUGCCAACAGCAUUGUAGAUCCCGAGACCAUACAGCCAGCCCUGAAUGUCUUAAUAAACCUCGUGUGUCCUCCACCUUCAAUCAGCAACAAAUCCCAUCUGCUUGCUCUAAGUCAAGUAGCGAGUGGUCCCGUUACUGAGACCAAGAAAGAAGAUCGUAAUAUUUCAGACCGAACUGCAGAUGUUUCUGCGGGCACUCAGUCCACCGCUACUAAUGCUUUGCAAACUCCGUCAUCGGGUUUGGUUGGGGACCGUAGAAUAUCCUUAGGUGCUGGAACAGGCUCUGCUGGUCUUGCUGCUCAAUUGGAGCAGGUUUAUCGUCAAGCACGACAAGCAGUUCGCACCAACAAUGGUAUAAAGAUUCUUCUAAAUCUUCUCCAGCCCAGAAUAUACGUUACCCCUCCCGCUAGCCCCGAUUGCCUUCGAGCACUUGCUUGCAGAGUCCUUCUCGGUUUGGCUAGAGAUGAUGCAAUUGCUCAAAUAUUGACUAAACUUCAGGUCGGUAAGAGGCUUUCAGAAUUAAUCCGAGAUUCAGGUGGGCAAACUGGGACGGAUCAGGGCAGAUGGCAAGCCGAACUUGCUCAAGUUGCGCUCGAGCUCAUCGCGAUAGUGACGAAUUCGGGACGUGCCACCACAUUGACGGCUACUGAUGCGGCUACUCCGACGCUCCGACGGAUAGAAAGAGCUGCCAUUGCUGCGGCAACGCCUGUAACUUAUGACUCGAAGGAGCUUCUUCUCCUUAUUCACGAGCAUCUCCAGGCAUCUGGUCUUUCCGAUAGUGCGAUGGCUUUGUUAAAGGAAGCCGAGUUAUCGCCUUUGCCUUCCUUGGCUCCUCCUUCUUCUAUUGCUUACUCUUCUACUCAAGAGACACUUAUACCUGUGGCUCAGCAACAAUGGCCCUCUGGUCGUGUUAAUGGCGGAUUUUUCUUUACCAGCAAGCCGAAAGUCGGUGCAAAUGAUGAAGAACCUGGUUCGAGAUGCAAUCCAGUUUUGUCCGGGAAGAAGAAACCGUUUACCUCUUCUACUCAAGAGACACUUAUACCUGUGGCUCAGCAACAAUGGCCCUCUGGUCGUGUUAAUGGCGGAUUUUUCUUUACCAGCAAGCCGAAAGUCGGUGCAAAUGAUGAAGAACCUGGUUCGAGAUGCAAUCCAGUUUUGUCCGGGAAGAAGAAACCGUUUACUUUCUCGCCUAGUUUCAGUUUCCAGAUGAGAAAUCAACCCCUCUCUCGUGAUUCACAGCAUCAUUCUAUACCGAAACUGAAUACUGCUUGUGUAGAUACAUCAGAAGUUCGUGCAGAAUCAGCCGUCAAGACUGAUCCCGAUGCGGAAGCUCAGUUUAAAACACCGAUUAUAAUGUCAAGGAAACGGAAAUUGUCUGAGCUGAAAGACUCGGGACUGUCUGUGUCUGGGAAGAGAAUGAACACUGGUGAGUUGGGACCCCGAUCCCCAGCUUGUGCAACACCCGUUUCUUUCCGCAGGAAUUCACUCCUUGCAGAUAGUGCGGGUUUCCUAACACCGGCUUCAACUUUGGAUGCCAACCCGUCGGGGAAUCCGAGAAUGGGCCAGAUGACUCCUGCUUCUCAGCAAAAGCUUCCCAAUGAUCCACAGCCUUCGAAUCCUGAACGGUUAACCCUAGACUCUCUCGUGGUUCAGUACUUGAAGCAUCAGCACAGGCAGUGCCCAGCUCCCAUCACGACUCUUCCGCCUCUGUCUCUCCUGCAUCCGCAUGUCUGCCCGGAACCCAAACGGGCACUCGAAGCUCCACUAAACAUCACGGGCCGACUCGGCACACGUGAACUCCAGAGUUUCUACGAAGGCGUUCAUGGUAAUCGUCGAGAUCGUCAGUUUGUUUUCAGCAGGUUCAAGCCAUGGAGAACCUGUCGGGAUGAGAUCAGUGCCCUCUUGACGUGUGUUACAUUUCUCGGCGAUUCUUCCCAUAUAGCAGUUGGUAGUCACUCUGGAGAGCUCAAGGUAUUCGAUUCUAACUCGGGAAAUGUGCUCGAGAGUUGCUCUGGUCACCAGUCCCCGGUUACCAUCGUCCAGUCAUACAUCUCGGGUGAGACGCAGUUGUUGCUUUCGUCGAGCUCCAUGGAUGUACGGCUCUGGGAUGCGUCCUCGAUCACCAGUGGACCUAUGCAUUCUGUCGAGGGAUGCAAAUCCGCGAGAUUCAGCAAUUCGGGUACACGGUUCGCUGCUCUUUCCUGCGAAGCCGCGAGAGAAAUUCUUCUUUACGACGUUGGGACGUGCAAAUUGGAUAUGAAACUGACCGACACAUCAACCAGUUCGACUUCUCGAGGUCAUGCCUAUUCUCUCGUACACUUCAAUCCUUCAGACUCGAUGAUUCUGUGGAAUGGUUCACUGUGGGAUCCGCGAGUUCCUGACCCUAUACAACGCCUUGAUCAAUUCUCGGAUUAUGGUGGCGGUGGUUUUCAUCCUUCCGGGAACGAGGUGAUAAUAAACUCCGAGGUCUGGGAUCUGAGGAACUACAGGCUUCUUCGAAGCGUACCGUCGCUUGACCAGACGACGAUAACGUUCAAUUCCAGGGGAGAUGUCAUAUAUGCGAUACUGAGGCGAAACCUCGACGACGUGAUGUCAGCCGUUCACAUGCGUCGGGUGAAGCACCCGUUGUUUGCAGCUUUUCGAACUAUCGAUGCCGUCAACUACUCCGACAUCGCCACCAUACCUGUCGAUCGUUGUGUCCUCGACUUCGCCAUGGAACGGACGGACUCAUUCGCCGGUUUGAUCACAAUGGACGACCAAGAAGAGAUGCUUUCGUCGGCCAGGAUCUACGAGAUUGGCAGGAGACGACCGACGGACGACGACUCCGAUCCGGACGAUGCGGAGACAGAGGACGAAGACGAGGAUGAUGAAGACGACGAAGGCGACUUGGACCCGAUUCUCGGGCCGGGCAGUGAUGGCAGCAACAGCGGAGAUGACGACGAUGACGAUAUUAGCAGCGGAGACGAAGACGAGAGUGCGAGCGAUUUGGAGGAGGAAGAGAGGCAGUUGCUGAUGGGCGGUGGGGGUGGUUUGAUCGAGAUCUUCACUGGGGAAGACGACGAAAACGAUGAAGACGACAACGAGGAAGAUGAUGAAGACAUGUAUGAUUCCAUGAGCAGUGGUGAUGACUAUGCCGGCAAUGUCCUUCCUUUCUGAGAUUCCCAUUUCCCUUUCUGUUGCUUAAAAGUUUUGAUAAUAAUGUAAUUAUUAUUUUUAAUAUAUUCCUCAUCUUAUUAUUUAUCAUUAUA